AUGUCGUCAGUUUCGCUUGUCCCUCGAGUGGAGCAGGACAUUAAGGCGAGCAUGGAUAGCCUGCAGAUGAAUUUCGGUUUGGACGCCAAGGUGGUCGCAGAAGUGCUCGGCACUGGGAUUCGCCACCUCGAGGAGUUUCGCUUCUUAUUCGAGAACGAGGCGGCUAUAGGUACCUGGGUGGGGAAGUUGGGACUAGGGGACGCCACUAUGUUGCAGACCGCCCGCCUUCGUAGGGCGUGGAAGGCAACAUGCACAUACUACACCCAGGCGGAGCAAGACCGCUCUAAGGUUGCCUUGGCCGACCUCGACUCGAUUUUGGCAGACUCCGAACUUCGCACGUUGAAGGAAGCCUUUUGGAUUCGCUACAAGUUGCGCUUUCCUGCCGAAGUGCAACCCUCCGACGCAACAGUCUCCCGCAUCUCUCGGGAACUUUCCAAAAGGAUGCUUUGUAUAUAUGACGUAUGGCGAGUGCGAUCCCUACAAUUCCAGUUAGGCACCUCACAAAAGCGGCGCAAGCUGGCUGAUGGCCUCUAUACCGAUGAGCCUGAAGUCGACGAGGUCGUCGCUCGGGAUGUGGACACAUAUCUUCACAAGCUCCACACGCUUAUGAUCGCAUACGCGCUCAACGGGGUGCAGGUGAUCGCGGGAGUGGACCCGGCGGGAGAGAAAGCGCUGGGCGCCAACUCUUGCCAGUUCGUCGAGGUGCCUUUGGAUUGUGUGCUGGCAUACUACUACCGGGCCCGUAAGGCCGCCAUGCAAGUCGCUCCCGCGCAGCGGCUGAGCUGGCUUCAGCAUCGGGAUGCCGAGGAGCGAGCGGAGUGGGUCUCGCGGUUCCGGGAGGGGACCCGGACACUCGGAUCAGUUAUUAAAGAGGUUAUGGAAGCACGUGACGCCCACUGGUUGGCGCCAGCGCUGCCGGAGGUAGGGCCAGUCGCUCCGAAGCCCCAGCCAGUGAUCACUGAGCCAACCAAGUCUUCCUUGUUCGUCCCGGGCCCCAUGGUGGGAGGUAAGCCCACAGCCCGUGUGAUGAAAGAUGGCACCAAGCUUUGCGGUGACUACCAGAAAGGGUCCUGCAAGCACGCACCUCCGUGCCCGAAUGGGGCCCAUCGCUGCGCCGUGGUUCUCCGGGCCGAGCGCGUCUGUGGUGCGCCCACCCAUGGGGCAGCGAAGUGCAAGGCCAAGGCGAAAGCGAGGAGUUCGGGAGUUGACCCCUUGCCUGGUGAUGCUUCACCGCGAAGACAUCACUCUGGGCCGGGCUUUUCAGUGCUGCGGUUGGAAAGUCUUGGCGCCGCCGAUCGCUUGACCCAAGAGGCCGAUUGCAUUUGGACGGGGCUGGCCGCGCCUCCGCCUAUCUCGCCGGACUCCUUCGAGCAGCUGUUGCAAGGCUGUGCCUCCAGGGGGGCUGCCGUUGUUCAGGAGGGGGUUCCUCCAGAAACAGGCUCGGCCAGCAAUCCUUCAGCAGUUUGGCUCGAUCUCUGGUAUGACUCCUGCGUCUUUCUCGACGUGCACAGGCAUACUAGACUCCUUCGACACAACGUGGCCGAGCUCCAGCAAUGGCCUUCGGUUCGGUGCCACCACCGCCACCCGCCUCAGGGGAGUGACCCCUGGGGGGAGGGGUCUCCGCCCGUUCCCACGGCCUGCUUCGCCUUUUCCGUGGCAGUCUCCCUGAGCUGGUGGGCUGCUAGGUGUGGCCGAGCGAAGCUCCGGGUCCAUCGAUGGCCGUUGGUGGAGCCGGUGGGUCGGCGCGAGCAUUGGGUGGACGUUAACCCCCGAUCGCGCGCCGACUGGGCAGUGGAGCCCAUGGCUGUAUUCCUGGGCCUACGCCCACAUGAUCCGGGAAUGGACCGCCUGGUCCUGCUUGGGCGAGCCGUGGGCGAGGUCGAGUUACACGACCGGUCCUUGCCGCCAGGGCAUGUGUACGUGGGGCGCGGGCACCAUUCGCACAGGCUACCAGUUACCAAAUGGUGUUCCCCGUACACUGCAGGGCACGACUGCUCCCCGUCCGAGUGGAUGCAUCUCUUUGUCGAGCACAUCAUUUGCAAUUUCUGGACUUCUCUCCCCGACUUGCAGGGCGCGACCCUUGUCUGCGAUUGCCCCUUGGGCUCCUUGUGUGAAAGGGACGUCCUGGCAGGCCUGGUGUGGUACCAAUUGGCCUCGAGCCGGAGUGGAGGCAGCUGGCAGGGUAUGCCAGCCCCGGCAUGGAGUGCCGCGUGGGCCGCCUUCACCCAGAUACUAGCCUCUGUCGCCCACGUUAUUCCCUACUCCCCGCAGGAGUCCGUCAUCACGGCUUUCCGCAGCCUGUUCCCUUCCUCGGCCUUCCGUGGCUUCGUCUUUCCUUUCAUCGAGGACCUGGUGAACAGUUCUCCUUUCACUGUUUUCCCCCAGUGGUUGCGGGAACAAGGGCUUCGCUGGGAUGGCGCGUUGGGCCCUUCUCUUUCUGACCCCGCCUGCAGGUUGAUGCAGCGCACAGCGGAGGGUCAGCAAGCGGGGGCGCUUUCGGGGAGGGCGGCGCUCCCCCCUCUCCUCCCCUUCGGCCUGUCCCCGGAUGAGCACUUCCGGCAGGCUUUGGCUAGGGGGGACGACCCCUUGCCUACAGAACACCCUCCGGUCUUGGACCAAGACCUCCACUUUGCGGCAGCGAUGACUGUCGGGUCUCUUGGCCGCCUUCGCGAGUUGAGGCGUGAGUGUGUCGGCCCGCUUCGGGAGUUGAAGCGCCGUUGGAGCCAUGUGGGGGACCACCUGCGUAAGCUCCAGACUCCGGCGGUCCGGAAGGUCACGGCCCAGCGGGACCUGGGCUUGCUCAGUCUCUUUGUUGUUCUGUUGUCUUGGCCGGACACCACUCUCCCUUCACACCUUUUGUUCGGCAUGCCCGCGGUCGGUACCUCUCUCCCCUGCGGAGUCUUCCCGCAGCAGGGAUUCGACACAAUUCCUCUCCAUCGUCUUUUCGAGAACGUGGAAUCCCACAACAAAGCUGUCCAAGGAUCUAUUCGGCCAGGCCCACACGAUGACUUUUUGCUGGAGCAAUCUACCAAGGACUUCGAAGCGGGGUUUUGUUCGGCGCCGUUGUCCUGGUCGGAGCUUCUUCGCCACACCAAGGGCAAACCGAUUCGUUUGAUACCGAGGUGCGUGAUUUCUCAGGCUUCCGGGAAGCAGAGGGUGAUCGACAACGCGGACCAUGGAGGCCAGAGCGAGUUGAGCUCUGACUCUAACAAGUUGGUGUUGUGCUCAGCCCUCCGCCCGGCCCAGCAUGUUUCCUUGGCAAUGCGAUGCGCCAGCCCGGCGGUCGCCCGCCGCCUGCUGGAGGAAGACCAGUGGGAAGGCGGCGGCGAAGACUGGCCGGACGCCUAUCGCCAUUGCCCUAUGGACGAGGACCAGUCCAGGGCCUGCGUGGUGGUAUGGUACCAUAAGGAUUGGGCCCAGCCGGCGUACCAGGUAUAUUCCGGUCUCCUCUUUGGGCUCCCUUUGGCAGUGACCAGCUUCAAUCGGCUCAGCCGUUUCUCCGAGGCGGUGGGCCGCCGGCUCGUCUGUGUCCUGGUCUCUAUGUAUUUCGAUGAUGCGCACCUUACCGACCCCGCUUCUGCGAAGGGCUCAGCCCAGUUCGCCUUCUCCGAGGUCAACAAACUUUUGGGCUCCCCCUUCGCGGAGGCAAAGCGACAGCCGAUGAGCACAGUCGGCGACUUUCUCGGGCUGGAGUGGGACUUCCGCGACGUGGGGUGUCACCACAUCGUUAGGUUCUGGGUCCGGUCCAGGCUCCAAGCCAAGGUCGAGGGCCUUUUGUUGCAGGCUGAGCAGGAUAACUCCCUGCCUCCAGGCUUGGCGUCGAAGCUGUAUGGCAUGCUCAAUUUUCUCGAACAGGGGGUGUAUGGCCGGAUUGGCACAGGGGGCAUCGGCGCCCUCAAGGAACGCCAGUACGAGGCAGCUCGGGAGUUGACCCCAGCUAUCCGCUCGUCAUUCGAGGUUAUCCGAGCCAUCUUGGCACUGCGACCGCGUCGGUCCGUGGAGGUGCUACCCUCCCCCUGUGCCCGAUUCGUCGCAGCUAGCGAUGCCGCGGAGGACGAACCGCGCAAGGGCACGGGCGGUUUCCUGUUGCUCUGGCCGGGCAGCGAGCCCGGCCGUGAAGCCUUCGUGGCACAGGUCGAUCGGCAUACAUAUGAUGCCUUUCUCCCGGGGGAGGUUAAAAUCGCGCAGCUCGAGCUUUCAAUGGUCCUCUUCGCCCUUACAGCUCGGGCUUCUACUUUUCGUUCUCGUCGUGGCACAUGGUAUAUUGACAACGUAGCCGCGCUUAUGGCACUCAUUCGAGGGCGUUCCGAUUCUCCCGACCUCGAGCGGCUGGCACACCUCAUUCAUGUGGCCCUCUUCUCUCUUCAAGUUUGGGUAUACUGGGAGUGGGUACCCAGUAAGUCCAACUGGUCCGACUCGAUCAGUCGAUUGGGUGCGUCGGACCCGUGGGCUGCUUCUCGCGGCUUCUGCCUUCACCACGCUCUUUUUCCUACCGAGGUGUGGUCUCUGCCUCUGGUGCCGGCCAUGCUGGUGUUUCAGUUUCUGUAG